AUGGCAUCAACGAUUCUCGAACACCCUGUCGUGGGUCAAAUCCACGGUGUGCAGCCAAAGGCACAGGCCCACGUCGAGCAGUACCUCGGCAUCCAGUACGCAACGCUAGAGAACCGGUUUGCCAGGGGCAAGUUGGUCGAGACGUACAAGAGCCCGAUCCAGGCAACAGAGUCGGGCCCUCUGCCGGUUGCUGACCCCAAGAACGUUGACAAUGAGCACCUGCUGCUGCAGCACAGCCUGCCGCACCCCGAGUACAGAUUCAGCGACACCGAUUGUCUGACCCUGAACGUAUCGGCGCCGUCUCUCGACGCCAGAGGCACGAGGGCGGAGCCGCUGCCCGUCGUCGUCUUCUUGCACGGCGGCGGGUUUGCUACGGGGAGCGCAAGCUGGCCGCAGUGGGACCUUGCUCGCCUGGUUGAGCGAAGUGUCAAGCUCGACAGCCCUGUCGUUGCCGUUGGAAUCAACUAUCGUCUGGGCCCCUUUGGCUUCCUGGCCUCAUCAGCCUUGAAAGACGCGGGGUUCAAGCCCAACAAUGGGCUUGAUGACCAGAAACUCGGGUUGCGCUGGGUCCAGAUGAACAUCUCAGGCUUCGGGGGAGAUCCUGCGAAAGUCACUCUUUUAUGCAGCAGUGCUGGCGCUGCAUCCGGCUUCUACCAUCUUCAGUCUUCUGAACCUCUGUUCAGCCGGUUGGCCGCAUAUGGUGGCAGCCCACUUAUCCAGCCCAUACCCUUGGAAGUCACGGAAAUCGCCUACAGCGUCGCGACCAAAAUCCUCGGUAUCGAAAGCCAGUCGCCAGCUGACCAAGUCAAGUCACUCCUCAAGAUCCCCGCCGAGGAGCUCUCGGCUAAACUUGGUCAUCUGCCCGUUCCCUUGUCCGCAGCACACGACGGAGACGUCGUCCGUGCCAAGACGUCCUACGCUUCGCUGGCCGACACAAGCUCAUUGGAGAAGGAAUUCCCCGGUAUCGACUAUUGCAAAUCCAUCCUGCUAGGAGAUGGGCAAUUCGAUGGCAUGAUCAUCGGACUGACGGCUCUGGCGCACAGAACCGACAACCUGGCGACAUCUCUCGAGAACAGCCUGAAAACCGUCUUCGCAGAUGACCCGUCCAAAGUCAAGACCAUUUUGGAUGGCUACGGCAUCAACGAGUCCAAUACGGACAGGGUCCCAGUCCUGAACUUCCUGAACGACAUCGGUUUCGCCCAGCCCGCGAAGGCCACGGCGGAGGGAUGGGCUGCGGCCGGUUCCAGGCUCGGAACGAAGUCCUUCCUCACCCAUUUCAACAUGCCCAACCCAUGGCCCGGCCAGUGGCAGGGCAAGGCCACGCAUGCGCUGGACAUUGCAAUCCUGCUGGGCAACUACAACGAGUUCCUCAGCCCAGGCCAAAAGGCCAGCUCGGACCAGAUGUCUGGAGAUUUCCUCGCUUUCGCCUACGGCAAGGAGCCAUUCUCACCAUAUACCGCUGGCAAUGGCGGUGUGUCCAAGGUGUACAAGGCGGGCGUGGAUGCGAAGGACGACGAAUCAAGCGUGGUCAAAACGUCCAGCGAGGGUGAGACGGGGCGCAGGAAGAUUCUAGACGACCUGGCGGCUGGAGACCCGACCGUGUUGGACAAGCUUUUGGGUGUCUUUGGUCUGUUCCUUCAAGGGCCGAAGUAA